AUAAAAUCGGCAAAUGCUCUUUCUUCGGCGUCAAAACGCUGUCAUCGCCUGAUCAGACUGCACGUCUCUCUUCGUCUUCUUCGUUGUAACCAUCGACGCUUGGGGGGAUUGAUCGAGAUUUUUUUUUUUAGCUUGCCGGAAAAAAAAAUCAUCGGACUACAAAUCUGAGUUGCUACCAGCUCAAUCUCUGAAAUCAACCCGAGUACUGAGCUGGAGUUAGGUGAUACACAGCUUCAAUACCUUUUCCAUCAUGCAGAAUUCUGCUUUGUUACCAAUGGAGAGCUUGGCGCAACUUGAGGCGAUGUGCGAGAGAUUAUACAACUCACAGGAUUCAGCUGAGAGGGCUCACGCUGAAAAUAGUCUGAGAUGCUUUUCUGUGAAUACGGAUUAUAUUUCGCAAUGUCAAUACAUUCUCGACAAUUCAUCAAAACCUUAUUCCCUAAUGCUCGCUAGCUCGAGUUUGUUGAAGCAAGUGACUGAUCAUACCCUUCCGCUGAAUCUUCGCCUUGACAUCAGGGCGUAUAUUGUGAACUAUCUGGCUACAAGAGGACCGAAGAUGCAAUCAUUUGUGAUUGCUUCGCUCAUUCAAUUGCUUUGCCGACUCACAAAGUUUGGAUGGUUAGAUGAUGAUAGAUUCCGGGAUGUGGUCAAGGAAUCUACAAACUUCUUGGAACAGGGUUCUUCGGAUCACUAUGCUAUUGGUUUAAGAAUUUUGGAUCAACUUGUGCCGGAGAUGAAUCAGCCUAACCCAGGAUUGCCCUCUACACAUCACCGGAGGGUUGCAUGCAACUUUAGGGAUCAAUCCUUAUUUCAAGUAUUUCGAAUAGCUUUGACGUCAUUAAGCUAUCUGAAAAAUGAUGCUGCUGGUCGUUUACAAGAAUUGGCGCUUUCUCUUGCACUGAGGUGUGUAUCAUUUGACUUUGUCGGAACUUCAAUUGAUGAAAGCACAGAGGAGUUUGGUACAGUCCAGAUUCCAACUUCCUGGAGGUCAGUAUUGGAGGAUUCUUCCACGUUGCAGAUAUUUUUCGAUUAUUAUGGUAGUACAGAGUCACCACUUUCGAAAGAGGCACUUGAGUGCUUGGUGCGAUUGGCUUCUGUGAGGCGCUCUCUGUUCACAAGUGAUGCUACACGCUCUAAUUUUUUAGCUCAUUUGAUGACGGGAACCAAAGAAAUUCUUCAAACUGGAAAUGGUCUUGCUGAUCAUGAUAAUUACCACGUAUUCUGCCGUCUACUUGGGCGUUUCAGGUUGAAUUAUCAGCUUUCAGAGCUUGUGAAGAUGGACGGUUAUGGUGAGUGGAUACAGUUGGUGGCGGAGUUUACACUUAAAUCUCUCCAGUCAUGGCAGUGGGCCAGCAGCAGCGUGUACUACCUCCUUGGAAUGUGGUCUAGAUUAGUAGCAUCUGUCCCAUACUUGAAGGGUGAUUCACCAAGUCUACUUGAUGAAUUUGUACCUAAAAUUACUGAGGGUUUUAUCAUCUCCAGAUUCAACUCCGUCCAGGCUAGCGUCCUCGAUGAUCAGACCGAUCAUCCUUUGGAUAAAGUUGAAGUCCUACAGGAUGAGCUUGAUUGUUUUCCUUACCUUUGCAGAUUUCAGUAUGAAAGAACUGGUACAUAUAUAAUAAACACAAUGGAGCCUCUUCUGCAAUCAUAUACGGAAAGAGGGCAACUACAGUUUGCUGACAAUUCGGAACUAGCAUUUAUUGAAGCAAAACUGUCAUGGGUUGUUCAUAUUGUUGCCGCUGUUGUUAAAAUAAAGCAGUGCAGCGGUUGUAGUGUGGAGACGCAAGAGGUGCUUGAUGCAGAACUCUCCGCUCGUGUUUUGCGGCUAGUAAAUGUUAUGGACAGUGGACUCCAUAGACAGGUAUUACAUCUGUAUGAUGCAAGUAUUACAUCUAGUGAAGAAGUCAUUGGUCACACGCUAAGUUUGUUUUUGGAGUUGGCAUCUGGAUACAUGACCGGGAAGCUGCUUUUGAAGCUGGACACCGUGACCUUUAUUAUUUCUAAUCACACUAGGGAGCACUUUCCAUUCUUAGAAGAGUAUAGAUGCUCUCGCAGCAGAACAACAUUUUACUACACUAUUGGCUGGUUGAUUUUCAUGGAGGAUAGCUCAAUAAAGUUCAAGACUUCUAUGGAACCUCUUCUACAGGUUUUCCGCACCCUGGAAUCAACACCAGAUUCUAUGUUUCGCACUGAUGCUGUGAAGUUUGCUGUGAUCGGAUUGAUGAGGGAUUUGAGAGGAAUUGCUAUGGCUACUAGCAGCCGGAGAAGUUAUGGUCUUUUGUUUGACUGGCUCUAUCCUGCACAUAUGCCACUUCUUUUGAGAGGGAUCUCACAUUGGUUCGACACACCAGAGGUUACGACCCCACUGUUGAAGUUCAUGGCUGAGUUAGUGCAUAACAAAACCCAGCGCCUUACCUUUGAUUCUUCGUCUCCAAAUGGCAUCCUGCUUUUCCGGGAAGUCAGUAAAUUGAUCGUGGCUUAUGGUUCAAGGAUUUUAGCCCUUCCAAAUGUUGCGGAUAUAUAUGCCUUCAAAUACAAGGGGAUCUGGGUUUCACUGACAAUUCUGUCAAGAGCGCUCUCUGGAAAUUAUUGCAACUUUGGUGUGUUUGAACUCUAUGGCGAUCGGGCUCUUGCGGAUGCACUUGAUAUCGCGUUGAAGAUGACCUUAGCAAUACCCUUGGCUGAUAUAUUAGCAUAUCGCAAGCUUACAAAGGCAUACUUUGGUUUCGUCGAGGUUUUGUGUGCCAGUCACAUUACCUUCAUAUUGAAACUAGAUACUGCCACCUUUAUGCAUCUCGUAGGUUCCCUUGAAUCUGGACUCAAGGGUUUGGACACAAGUAUUUCAUCACAGUGUGCAAUAGCUGUCGACAAUCUUGCUUCAUAUUAUUUCAAUAACAUCACAAUGGGUGAGGCACCUACUUCUCCCGCUUCUAUUCGUUUGGCACAGCACAUUGCAGACUGCCCGAGUUUGUUUCCCGAGAUAUUGAAGACACUGUUUGAAAUAGUUCUAUUCGAGGACUGUGGCAAUCAGUGGAGUCUCAGCAGGCCAAUGUUAAGCUUGAUUCUUAUAAGUGAGCAGAUUUUCUCUGAUCUGAAAGCUAAGAUCCUCUCAUCACAGCCCGUGGAUCAACACCAGCGACUCUCUACCUGCUUUGACAGUCUUAUGACAGACAUAUCAAGGGGGGUAGAUUCGAAGAACAGAGACAAGUUUACUCAGAACUUGACCCUUUUCAGACACGAGUUCCGCGUUAAAUAGAAUUGCUUCCACGAGCCAGUCUCUACUACAUUAGGGUCUCAUCAGAAAGACCCACAUGACACAGUGAACUAGAAGUUCCCUCUUACUUGAAAAAAGAAAAAAAAAUUCUUCAGGUUUUGCAAAUGGGGGAAAAAGUUAGUCGAUAGAUUGUGGUACUGUACAGUUUGAUUCUCUCAGAAGAAAUGGUAAUGAAGGAAAACAAAAUUACGUAGCUUAUACUAUUUGGUGGUUCCUCGCUAGUGGCUUAUUCAAUUUCAACAUUAGGAGUUAUUUUGUCUCAUACCAAACAAAAAUCUUUGUCAGCUCCAUAACAAAGUUGAUGUAAAGCAUUGAAAAUCUAGGGUUUUACUUUUGGCAAUUGUUGCGGCGUAACUGACCACAUAUUCUUUGUAUUUUCUUGACUGUGAUGGUAAACAAAGCUUGAGGAAAAUGCGACAUUUGUUUUGUUUUCAA